CUGUGUGUGUGUUUGUGUGUUUAUCUAUGUGUGUUUGAAACAAAGCGAGAGAGCGUGUGAGCACUGAGGGCUGAGAGGGAGGACAACGCUGACACUACAGACUCUUCAAACCUCUCCACAGCUGAGACGAUGGAGGCUGCAGAAUUUCGAAGGCGAGGGAAAGAGAUGGUGGAUUACAUAGCCGAUUAUUUAGAGAACAUUGAGAAGAGGCAGGUUUACCCUGAUGUGGAACCUGGAUAUUUGAGAUCGUUGAUUCCCGAGGAGGCCCCGGAGGAACCAGAGAGCUAUGAGGAUGUGGUCAAAGACAUUGAAAGGGUGAUCAUGCCAGGGGUGACUCAUUGGCACAGCCCCUACUUUUAUGCCUACUUCCCAACUGCCAACUCUUUUCCCGCAAUGCUGGCAGACAUGCUGUGUGGAGCCAUUGGCUGCAUUGGAUUCUCUUGGGCAGCAAGUCCAGCCUGUACAGAGUUAGAGACAGUGAUGUUGGACUGGCUGGGUAAAAUGCUGAAGCUACCAGAUGAUUUCCUCGCUGGCACAGAGGGCAGAGGAGGAGGAGUCAUCCAGGGCACUGCCAGUGAAGCCUCGCUCAUGGCCCUUCUUGCAGCUCGCUCCAGAGUUAUCAAACUCAUCCAGGCCGACCAGCCUGACCGAUCUGAGACAGACAUCAUAUCCAAGCUGCUCGCCUACUCGUCUGACCAGGCUCACUCAUCAGUGGAGAGAGCAGGGAUGAUCGCUGGAGUGAGAAUGAAGAAAAUUUCCACAGACAGUAAGUUUGCUGUGCGAGGAGACACCCUGCAAAGGGCUCUGCAAGAGGACAGAAGCGCAGGUCUCAUACCAUUCUAUUUUUGUGCAACGUUGGGAACGACUCCAUCCUGUGCGUUCGACCGCAUCACUGAGUUAGGCCCUAUAUGUAGAGCAGAGAAUAUCUGGAUGCACAUUGACGCCGCAUAUGCGGGCAGUGCAUUUAUCUGUCCGGAGUUCAGGCCUCUCUUGAACGGCAUCGAGUUCGCAGAUUCUUUCAACUUCAAUCCUCAUAAAUGGCUCCUGAUCAACUUUGAUUGCUCUACAAUGUGGGUAAAGAACAGAUCAGACAUUAUCGGAGCAUUUAAGAUCGAGCCACUUUACCUGAAGCAUGAUCACCAAGAGUCAGGACUUGUCACAGAUUAUAGACACUGGCAGAUUCCAUUGGGUCGUAGGUUUCGCUCGCUGAAGAUGUGGUUUGUCUUCCGCAUGUAUGGACUCAAAGGUCUGCAGGCUUACAUCCGCAAGCAUGUAGGGCUGGCCAAAGAGUUCGAGUGUUUGGUGAGAGCUGAUCAGCGAUUUGAGAUCUGUGCUGAUGUUGUGCUGGGUCUCGUAUGCUUUAGACUCAAGGGCUCCAAUGAAUUAACUGAAACACUGUUGAAGCGGAUCAACAGCGCACGCAAGAUUCAUCUGGUGCCAUGUCAGCUGGCGGGGAAGUUUGUGCUGCGUUUCGCAAUCUGCGCCCGAACCAUACAGUCACGGCACGUUCAUGAGGCCUGGUGCCACAUCAGCCAGCUGGCAUCAGAGCUGCUGCAGGAACUGCCCCACUGACCAUCAUGUGUUGAGUCUGGACAACUCCUAUGAUAGAUCAUAUGAUCUACAUUUCUUGAAAGCAGCCUGUGUGUGUGUGUGUGUGUGUGUGUGUGUGUGUGUGUGUGUGUGUGUGUGUGUGUGUGUGUGUGUGUGUGUGUGUGUGUGUGUGUGUGUGUGUGUGUGUGUGUGCGCGUGUGUGUGUGUGUGUUGUAUUUCAUUUCUUAUUUCCUUAUCCUUAUUAUUCUUUAUGCUACUGUUUUUCUAUAUAUGUAGUUUAUUAGUUAUAGAUUAUAUUAGUUUCUAUCUAGUUAUUAUAUUCUACUUUUUAAUGCUAUACAUUAAGUUGGAUGCUGCAUUUGUAUUGUCUUCACAAGUGGAUAUGAGUUUGCAGUGACGUCACUCUCAAGGUUCUUAAAGGUCUCCUCAGACGAGCACUUUUAACAAGUUGGUAUGAUUUAUUAGGGACUUCAUGAAAUGUCUGGAACAUAUUUUGCUUAAAAACACUCAAAGGCUGUGUAAACAAAACCCUUCUUGCCUCGUCAAAAACAGCUAUGCUCACAGCAACCCGUUUUGGUGCAUAUCUCUUUAACUGAUAAUGAGUUACAUCGAACCCCACUCCCCUUCUGUCUGGCGUGUCAACACAACACACGUGCAGUGGCAAUGGUUUAGCUAAAUGAUAUAUUCUGAAUUCCUCUGCGGUUAGUUUCGUCUUAAACGUCUCAAAUCAUUCGUCCGGAGACAAAAAAAUCAGUCACAGCAAACAGCGCAUCCUAUGUGCUUACGUUGUGCGUGUAUGUUUACCUAAAAUCCACGGAAUCCACUGCAGAUCUCAGCGGAAUUACAUGGAUUUUAGCUUGUCAUUGACAAGUUAUAACGUUACACACACAACGUGAGAGCUAGUUUGCUGUGACACAUUUUUCAGCCUAAACACGAAUGAUUUUAGACGUUAAAAACUUAACUAACCCCAGUGUUCGCCCCUGUUCAUUAGCAAAACAAACAGCUUGCCGCAGCUAAACAUAUUAACGCACAUCAUGUAUUAACAGUCAUAUAAACUCCAAGUGUCCAUCUGCACUUAUAUACAGUAAGUUUAACACUGGCUUUGAAUGUUCUAUUUAGCCCGUGACUGACUUAGCUCCCUUCGCUAUCAUAUGCUAACGUUAUCCUCCUAUAUAUACGGUACAUUUACGUCAAUUCAGACUGUUGAUAAAUAUUACUUACAUCGGCAGUUUUGUCUCGUUCAGUCGGUCUCGAUCCCUCUUGAGGAACAACUUUGAAGCUAAUCCUGCUUGUACUGUCCCAGGUUGAUAAAGCACUCCGGCUUGAAGUGAUUCGCGCAAACAAGCAGGAUUUUACUUAUGGUUUCUGAGGGAUUUCCACUAAAAAUAAAAUAAAUCCACUCCUGUCUCUUCUGAGGUUUGGACUCUGUGCAGCGACUACAUUGCAUGUUGUCCACGAACUUUAGCCAUGGCGUCACGUACACCGCUGUCGCUUGUGAAAAUAACAAUGGCGGAGCGCAGUGGGUGGAACUGUGUAGAUUAAGGGGCGGUAACAUUAUAAAAUCUGCUUUGGACGUCACAAUCGGAGCGAAAUCUGAACGGCUCGAUUUCUCACAUGCUUGCAGGGAAAGGCACACCAAAACUAGGGUGACCAUAUGAGCCAUUUCUCCCGGACAUGCGCGUCCUUGCCAGGAUUUGGGUGCGUCUUCCGGGAAUCGCAUUUGUCAACCGCAUACGUCAUCGAGGUUCUCACAUUUCAGUUAAAAAAAGCAUUAUAAAAUUAACAUUUAACAUCGCUUAAGACGUAUAAUCAUUGUAGUUCAUUGUAGUCAUUCUUAUCUUGAAAUAUAAUGGCUGCCUUUAUAAAAUAAAACCUGAAAUAAUAUACCUCGAUGACGUAUGCGGUCGACAAAUGCGACUCAUGCGGAGAAAUGGCUCAUAUGGUCACCCUACCGAAACAAACUUACUGGGUUCUUAUUUUUCACGUUUUCUGGGUUGCUAGAUGCACCGGGGACCUGAUUAUAGCAGUUAAACACAGAAAAAGUGGGGUUUCAUCUGAUGUCUCCUUUAAAGCAGCAACGAGCAACUUUUGCUCACUGUUGCCCCACGUGGUUGAUAAGCGGAAUUGUCUGUAUGCAGUGUCGUAAAAACUGUCGCAAAGAUUUCCCGCUGGCAGCUCAAUACACGUGAGUUUGUUUACUAAGCCGACGGACCCAGAUAUGUCAUUCAAACUAUGUCCACCGAUCAGGUAAAGUAGUCCGUGUUACCAUAUGUUCUUCGUAUAUCAGUACAAAUAUUUAUGUAUCGUAAGUAGUCAACCCUACGUGUUCGAAGCAAGGUUACCAACUUAUUCUGGUAACUUUGGCCAAAAAAAUAUGUUAUAUUAUGUUAUUCAUAAACUGUAUAUGUAACUGUACUGUUUUUGAAAUCAGCAUUUCAUGUUCAUUGCAUACCACACGGGUGCCAACACUAUGGGCUGUACUACAGGACUAUACUACAACCUCAAAGUAGACUCAGGGGUAGCAGCUGAUUGUUAGAAGUUAGCACAGAGCGUGCUAGCUACAUGGAACAUUUGUAUUUACCCAAAACACAACGCAUGGACUUGAAUGUGUUUUGUAACCUAUAGUACUUUUCUUUUGUUAUUAUAUCGGAAGUCACUAAACACAAUCGCGACCAGGCAUUGUGUUUUGUGUAAUAUAUGUAAUAACUACAGUCAACUCAGUAUGAAAACAGCGCAUAGCAUGUACAUAUACAUAACGACAACAUUAGCCUAAUCAACGACUGAACUGUUCAACAUUCACGUGGUUUACUGGUCUGAACAAAAUAAUCUGCUACUUUUUACCACAACACGUUUAGUGUGGUUGUUUAGUCUUUAUUUACAAGCACUAACGUUACACACAUUCAUGACGAGGCACGACAACAUGCUAGCUAUCGACACCGGCAACCAUAUAUUAUCUCUCAGCUACCUUACGCUUAUAAAGUGCGAACCGGUGUUGUGCCAAUGACACAGACUAAUAACAAAUACGUUCAGAAGUACAGGACAGUAACAAAAAAAUGUACAAAUAACACAUACAAAUCCAGGAGCCGGACCGCUAGAUCUGCAUCUGUUUUGCAACCCGUUGCCUCUUGCUGCUCGCGCCACCAAGUGUAAGCCCAUCCGAUAUUGAUUCGUGACCGGCCUCGUGUCCGAUCACUCUCUCGCUUUUUUUUCUUUGCUUCCUAAACCCUCUUUGGUUUUUUGGCUUGCUCUGCCAUGGUGAUGUUUUGGUUCGUUUCGUCUUACUGUUAGCUCUGCUGUUGGCUAACUUCUCCCAGGCUACGAGUAAAACGUGACGUAUGCCGUAAAGCAGGGGAUAGGCGGGGCUUGUACCGGCCCAAACACCGAAGUUACAAGUGCAAUUUCAGCCGAUAGGAGGCUGCUCAGGUAGCAACGGCAGUAAAAUUCGUCCAGUUAAAAGUUGACCUACCACUAAAAUAAUUUUAGAGACAUUAUUUUAAGGUCAAAAAGUUGCUCGUUGUCAUUUCAUAGGAGUCAUAUUGCACGGCUAAAACGAAUAUUAUUGUUUGUUUUAGAUGUAACGCAAUGUGUAUACACCAUUUAAAGUUUAAAAAACGUUGUAUUUUCCACAUACCGUGCAUGUUUGUAUCUCCUCUUUGCCCCGCCUCUCUGAAACGUGCAGAUUUUUUACAAAGCUCAUCGCUCUGAAAAGCGAGGUGUGCUAUGAUUGGCCAGUUCACCAGUGCAUAGUGAUUGGUCAAAUACUGCAAGCAUUUUACGGAAAUGUAACGCCUCUUACCAGACGAUACAAUGAGAUUUACAAUUACACCCACCUUAACUACGUGUAGAUUUGGGCGGUCUUAGUCAAAUCAUGUUACGAAGUUACGUAGAUUCGCCGGGGUGUGGUUACACGAGGCGUUUCAGGCAAGUCUGGUUGAGCAUUCGCUUUUAGAUGCAUCUUUUGUUCCCACACUUUCAUUUGUGAAAAUUUACGUGUCUAAUACAUGCAUGGGCAACUUAUAACACACCAAAAACACAGAAAAACACGUACUUCCGCCAUAUGACCCCUUUAAUAACAUCACGAGACAAUGUUGUGAAGCAGUAAUUUUCCACUGUCUAUGUUGGUAUAAUAACACCUGCUCAAUGAGUUUCCAGUCACGGAGUUAGAAUGAGCAAUGGAAAUCUAGACGAAGUUCUAUUUGAAUUUAGAAUGAGCAUCUUAACGCAACUUUGAUUUUCUCUCCAUAGUAAACUUUGCUCAUUUUAUUACAUCAUCACUUCGUCUCCUGCCUGCUGUUCCUUUCAUCUCUAACAGACAUCUGCAAGUCUGCAAGAUAGUUAGAUCUAGUUUUGGCGUCACGACACGAUGGAACAGCACUACUGUAUCAUUUUGGAUCAAUAACAAGAUAAUCUAUCAGAUCUAUCACCUGUUUGCAGUACUGUCAAAGUUUCAAUCUGAUGCGAUUCUUUCUCUUAUUUAUUGUUAGUGUGUUUAUGUGUGUGUGGCUGUCUCUGUGUUUGUGAGCUUGUGUUCCCAAAACUGUUUCCAAAAACUGUGCUGUUGUGUUCUUCUGCACUUGAAAAUGUGUCUAUAUUCAAAAUGAAAUAUGUUUUGUAAGACAUAUAAUAUAUCAGAAUUUCUAUCUAUUGCAAAAAAUAGUUUACAGAUGGCUUUAUCAGUGCAUUUAUUUUCUUUUUCUCUGAAAAUCUAAAUCAUAGCCUAAUAUCUUUUUUCUCUUUCUAAAAACAAUGUACUUGACUCAGCACAUCUUCUGUGAUGAGACACCUCUCCAAUCCUCUUUGACAUACAGUUCUUGUGCCUCACUAGUAAAGACUUCUCUCUGGUACAAAUUCAACAGUAGUAGUACUGUAUGGGUGUAUCAACAUUCACAAUAAAUUGUGGU